UUUCUGGUGUGUCAACAUGCGUCCAGUGUCAAAAGCCUCUAGCCUCUAUACCUCUGUCCAUCCAUCUGUAUUCAAAAACACGCACGCGCGCACUAGUCCAACGAAAAAUCCAUAAUUAUCCCCAUGCAUGAUGAGCAUGAAACACAGCUCAUAACUUUCCUUCUCCAAAUGGUGUUGUUCUCCAUCAUAACUUCUUCUUCUUCUUCUUCUUCUUCAAUGGUGAUGGUGGUGGUCCGCUUGCAUGUAUUGGCGCUGGUAGCUCUUUGGAUGGGCACCACGACCACCGAAGCAGCGAUAACCCUGCCGGGAAACGCGACGAUCUCGGCGGUGAUACUGUUCGGAGAUUCGAUCGUGGAUCAAGGGAACAACAACCAUCUGAAGACGGUGGUGAAGAGCAAUUUCUCUCCAUAUGGGAAGGACUUCAAGGGCGGAGUUCCAACUGGAAGGUUUUGCAAUGGCAAAACCCCUGCUGACUUAGUAGCUGAAGAAUUGGGGAUAAAAGAAUUAGUGACAGCAUACCUAGAUCCCCAGUUUCAGGGUGAGGAUGUCCCCACUGGUGUCAGCUUUGCUUCCGGAGGCACUGGAUUCGAUCCCCAAACUGCUCAGCUUGCCUCAGUUAUAUCGAUGUCGGAUCAGCUGGAAAUGUUCAAAGAGUACAUUGGAAAGCUACAGGCAAUGGUUGGAGAAGACAGAACAAACUACAUACUGAGGAACAGCCUGUUUUUCGUGGUGGCUGGCAGUGAUGACCUUGCCAACACCUAUUUCACUGUUGGCAUCAGGAAACUGCAGUAUGAUAUUGAUUCUUACACUAAUCUGAUGCUCAAUUCGGCUUCUGAUUUUGUCAAGACCCUGUAUACAUUGGGAGGCAGAAGAAUUGCAGUUUUCGGCCUUCCGCCAAUCGGAUGUCUGCCGUCUCAGAGGACACUCGCCGGGGGAAAGCUUAGGGCUUGCGCCGAGAAUUACAACCAAGCAGCACAGUUGUUCAAUGCCAAGCUAUCAAACGCUCUUCCUGCUCUUGCCUCUGGCCUUGGAGAUGCCGAAGUCAGGAUAGUCUACAUUGAUAUCUACAACCCUCUUCUUGAGCUCAUUCAAAAUCCCCAAAAAUAUGGUUUCAGUGUUGCAGAUAGAGGGUGCUGUGGCACAGGAAAAAUUGAAGUAGUGAUACUAUGCAAUCGUUUGGGAAAGACGUGUGAAGAUGAUUCUCAGUAUGUGUUUUGGGAUAGUUACCAUCCCACUGAGAAGGGUUACAGAGUGUUAGUCCAUCAAAUCCUCAACAAAUUCUCUUCUUCUUCUUCUUCUUCAAUGGCGGUGUUGUUCUGUUUGCACGUUUUUCUUCUUGUAAUCAGCAGGAUUAAUGCGGUGAUAACGCUACCGGGAAACAUGACAAUUCCGGCGUUGAUCAUUUUUGGAGAUUCGAUCGUCGAUCAGGGAAACAACAACAAUCUCAACACCUUCGCCAGAUGCAAUUACUCUCCGUAUGGAAAGGACUUCAGAGGCGGAAUUCCGACCGGACGGUUCUGCAACGGCAAAACUCCGGCCGACCUAGUAGCUGAAGAAUUAGGGAUUAAAGAGUAUCUGCCGGCGUAUCUGGAUCCCAAUUUCAAGGAUGAAGACGCCCUCACUGGUGCGAGCUUUGCUUCUGGAGGCACGGGAUUUGAUCCUCUAACAUCUCAGUUAUCGUCAGCUUUUUCGAUGUCGGAUCAGCUAGACAUGUUUAAAGGGUACACUGGCAAGCUAAAGGCAAUGGUUGGAGAGGACAGAACAAACCAAAUCCUAACAAACAGCCUCUUCUUAGUGGUGGCUGGAAGCAACGACCUUACAAAUACCUAUUUUACAGCUGGGAUCAGGAAGUUGAAUUACGAUAUCAAAGCCUACACUGACUUUUUAGUCAAUUCAGCUUCUGAUUUUAUACGGAAUCUAUACGCCGCCGGAGGGAGAAGAAUUGGCGUUUUCGGCAUUCCUCCGAUAGGAUGUUUGCCAUCGCAGAGGACACUCGCCGGCGGAGGGCUUCGAGUGUGCGCCGAAAAUUACAACCAGGCUGCGCAGUUGUUCAACGCCAAGCUAUCAGAGGCUCUUCAUUCUCUUACCUCCACCCUCAAUGACCGAAACGCCAGGCUCGUUUACAUCGAUAUCUACAACCCUCUCAUUGACAUCAUUCAACAUCCCAAAAAAUAUGGUUUUGAGGUUGUCGACAAAGGAUGCUGUGGAACGGGAACCAUAGAAGUGGCGAUUUUAUGUAAUUUUACAAGCAAAAUGUGUCCAGACGAGUCAAUAUACUUAUUUUGGGAUAGCUUCCAUCCCACAGAAGGAGGAUAUAAGGUCUUGGUUAAGCAGAUUUUACACAAAAAUGUCCAAAAGUUCAUUUGAAUUAUUAGCCGUCCGUCUGCAGUGACAUUACUAUUUUAAUUAUUAUGCAAAAAAGUAGUUCAUUCGUAAUGCAUUGUUUGCACCUAAACA